UGUUCUCAGAACUACUAGUAUGAUAUAAUUAAUUAUAACAAUAUUUAAACUAUAUUGUAUUGUAUGUAUCUCGGUCACGGUUCAGAGUUCAUAAAUUAAAUUCUUUGUCUGCAAGUCAGUGUUAUUUUGAAUCGGGUUCAAUAAUCGACAAGAACAUACUCAAUGAAUGUUUAUAAUUUCAAUGACGUUCCAAUCCGCUAUUUACAUAUUUGAUUGCGAUGAGCUGGAUUUGCGAUGACAAUAUUGAGCCAGUAGUUCCCACCUGUUGUUCGAUUGAAGCUGAUUUUAUCGACCUACAUUGUUAUCAUUCAAAAAUUUGUGCUGUGAAUUUCUUAUUUAUAAUCAGCAUGUAUCAUAAGGAAAGGAUCUAAUUAUUAUUAAAUUUCUCAACAAGCUAAGAAGUACGGAAAUGAGUUUCUUGGAGGCCAUACUCAGGAUACCACUUACUCGAAAACAACCAAUUCUGUACGGGUUUAUGUUCCUUUUUGGUAUUUCCAGUCUUUUCACACUUUCAUCAAGAAUAGACAUGCGUCAGGAAUCGGACCUGGUUCAUCAACUGGCUGAAUCACAAACAGAGUAUAAUAAACUGGAUGACAACUACAGAAAAAAAGUAGAAGAAGUGCAAGUCCUACGUCAGCAAUUGGAGGCUUUGACGAACGAUUCCCCAACUAAAGUUUUGAGCGAAACUCAAACUAAUUCGAAGACAGUUUCACACAAUGUGAUAAACUUGACGCCGUUUCAAAAGAACCCCAUUGAUUCCUCUGAUAUGAUGCGUCUGCCCAGUGGCUAUGACUUCUUACCUCAUCUACUACUCAGUCCAUCCAGUAUCAACCCUUCUUUUAUUCUGUCUAAAGGGCGGACAGGAGUUUCAGUAGCAUUUGGUAUACCGACAGUCAAACGUGAAGAUCAAAUUUACGUCCUUGCCACGUUGCAGAAUCUAUUAGAUGGCAUGUCUCAAGUAGAAAAAGAUAAUACUAUUAUCAUUGUGCUUAUAGCUGAGACUAAUGAGGACUAUAUUCUUCAAAUAACAAAUAGCAUCCAACACGACUUUCAACCGCACUUAGAUUCAGGGCUGAUAGAGGUGAUUGUUCCUGCAGCAUCGUUCUAUCCCGAUCUGUCUAAAAUCAAAACAAAUUAUUUGAAUGAACCCACUGACCGGUUUCAUUGGCGUACUAAGCAAAACCUGGACUUCGCCUACCUGAUGAUGUACUCGCAUACAAAAUCCAAGUACUAUGUCCAACUGGAAGACGAUAUUCUUGCAAUACCUAAUUUUGCAACUAUUAUGGUGAAAGCUGCACAUGAGGAAACAGCUACGAAAGAGUCCUGGGUUGUGAUAGACUUCUGCAACUUGGGGUUUAUCGGAAAAUUAUUCAAGUCGGUUGACUUGCCACAAUUUGCUCAAUUCUUAUUGAUGUUCCACACUGCGAAACCAGUUGAUUGGUUACUGCAUUAUUUCAUAUCCACCCUGGUUUGCCACUUGGAAAAAGACCAUGACAGUGAAUUUGGAAAGGUCGCCCUCUACUUUCCUCAUAAAAAUCCGGAUGCAUCAGUCUACUCGGAGGCCAUUGGCUAUAAACGUCACACUCUGCAGCAAGUCUACACAGGCAAAAAUUUCUUCUGGAGUCUGCAAUCUCAAUAUAUGGAUCACAUGUGGUUCGUUUUCAAAGAGCCACUGAUUAUAAAAAGGUAUUUAUUUCGAAGUGGCAAUGCAGAACAUCCAUCAUACAUAUUUUGCAAUACAUCAGUAGAAGUACUUCCGAAGAACCCUUUGCCAGAAUCGGAAAGAUUACCACGAACAGAUGAUGGCUAUAUUGUUGUGGGAGCGUUUAACAGUAAAGGUGUUGCAGAAGGAACCUUGGGUCGUCGGUAUGGUCUUAUAAGAGAGCUUCGAUUAACUAUCUAUGGAGAUUAUAACCACGUGGUGAUUCUUAGUGAGAUUCAUAUCGAGCCAGAGAAUAGCAGUUGAAAAUCGCUCUACACUAGGCACGACUUUCAUCAGAAACGAUUAGAGUAUCUCCAGCCACGAUGUUACGCAUAAUCAGCAAAAAUCACACUAUACUUAUCAUCGGAAGAAAAUCUGAAAAUUUCAAAAAACUUGACUUCAUUUUUUCACUUUUUGCUAUUAGAAAAAACGACUAGCAGUCAGAUAUUUUACAAUAAAUGAAUUGAUCUAUUUAUAUUUUAUUCAAAUUCAUUCAUUGUAAAAUAUCUGACUGCUAGUCGUUUUUUCUAAUAGCAAAAAGUGAUUUAAUAAUAAGCAGUUCGUGAUGGAAAACAACAUUGAAGAAUUCAUUUUUUCGUUCAUAAUGUCCAUCCUCAACAGUAGAAACGCUAUUUCCAGUUUGCAGAAAUUUAAUACACAUAAAAUUGGCCUAUCUCAAUGUUAAAUUAUAUUUUGAAUGAAUGAAUUGAAUGAAUCUUUAUUUGCCAAAAACAAAAUACAAAAAAGCUUUACAACAAAUAAAUAUAUGCCACUGCACUUAACUAAAAUACAUACAUAAAAAUUAGGGAACUAUAAAUAAUAAUGAUUGUGGCUAUAUUCACUUAUUAAUACAGUCAGCAUUCCAAAAAAAUAUCAUCUGACAGUUUUAAGAAGUAAAUCUUAUUUUUUGCGAAGAAAUUAAUCGAGGAAAUAGAUUUUUGGAGAUAAUUGUUUCUGGGUAAAAAUAAGAAUACUAGUCUCAUAGUCGGCUCAGAUGAUUAAUGAUGAUUUAAAAUAAUAUUAAUUCCAUCAUUUUAUAAUCGUUCACUAUUUAUUAUGUUCAGUUGGUUGCAAUACUACUCUAUAUUUUGUUUAAUUUGUUAAAACUUGCUUGUUUUUAAUAAUUAUUCUACAUUUUAUAGAAAAGUUUCUGUACAAAAAGAAACAAGAAGGUGUAGACUUUUUAUUCAUUGUAUUAAUGUUAUUAAUUGAUAAUUUAUCUUAAAAUCUCAUGUAAUAAGAAUCAUCGUUGUAAAUAAUAUGAGAGAAAGUCUCACAUUAAAUAAUUAUAAUCUCAACUGCAUACUUAACACUCCAAACUGCCAGUUCUUUUAUGGGAGGCAUGUUUUUAUGGCAAAUUGGAGUGAAUCUAAUUUAACAGCUUUUAACUAACGAACAGUGAAAGUUGUCCUAAUUUUUUUAUCAAUAUUUAAACGGUUAGUGACGAAGUUUAUUAAUUAAAAUGAAUAAAAUGCUAGUAUUUAAUACAAUAAAAAUUAACGACUCAUCUAGAUUACUGAGUAUUGUUUUUGUAUUUUUUCAAGCUUUAUUAAUAAAGGCUUUACCAGAGUUAAAAUUAUAUUGUAUCACAUUAUCACUAUGAAUAAUGAUCUCAAUAACUGAGAACUUAAAUUCCAUUAUUCUUAUUGAUUGGAGAAAACUGAAACCAAUGCCUUGAAGUGUAGAAUAACAUGUUAUCAAAAUGAAAUAAUCACUUGAAAUUUGAUUGAUUGAACAGAAAUUGAAUCAAUAAAAUUAUUAUUUAUUUGUAUUGGGUAUUAAAACUUU